CAGGAGCAGGAGCAGGAGCAGGAGCAGGAGCAGGAGCAGGAGCAGGAGCAGGAGCAGGAGCAGGAGCAGGAGCAGGAGCAGGAGCAGGAGCAGGAGCAGGAGCAGGAGCAGGAGCAGGAGCAGGAGCAGGAGCAGGAGCAGGAGCAGGAGCAGGAGCAGGAGCAGGAGCAGGAGCAGGAGCAGGAGCAGGAGCAGGAGCAGGAGCAGGAGCAGGAGCAGGAGCAGGAGCAGGAGCAGGAGCAGGAGCAGGAGCAGGAGCAGGACUUUUAGGAGUUGCAAGGGCUACAAGAACUGCAAGAGCAGGACCUUCAAGGGUAGCAGGGGCUGCAAGAGCUCCAGGAACUCCAGGAACAGGGGCUGCAGGAGUUGCAGGAGCUUCAAGGGCUGCAGGAGCUCCAGGAGCAGGGGUUGCAGGGGCUGCAGGAGCUGCAGGAACAGGGGUUGCAGGAGCUGGGGUUUUAGGGUCUGCACGGGCUUCAGAGGCUGCAGGAGCGGAGGUUUCAGGAGCUGCAGGAGCAGGACCUUCAGCGGCUUCAGGAAUAGCAGUGACAGCAGAAGCAGGGGUUCCAGGGGCUGUAGGAGCCGGAGCAGGGCUUUCAGCAACAGGACCAACCCCGCCGGCAGCAGCAGCAGCAACGCUGCGGGCUCCGCGCUCCCCCCCCAACCCCCGCUCGGGACCCAUGGAGGCAGCACGGAGCUGUAACGGGUUCUCGCGGCAGGAACCGUCCCCGAGCAGCGAGAAGAAGCCCCGCAUCCCCCCCGGGGGGGGUGGCAGCAGCCUGGAUGGGUGGCGGGGCGAGCGGCCCCGCAGCGAGGAGGACAACGAGCUGAGCCUGCCCAGCCUGGCAGCCGCCUACACCAGCAUCCUGCGCUCCCUGGGCGAGGACCCCGAGAGGCAGGGGCUGCUCAAGACACCCUGGAGGGCGGCCACCGCCAUGCAGUUCUUCACCAAGGGCUACCAGGAGACCAUCUCGGAUGUUCUGAAUGAUGCCAUUUUUGAUGAAGAUCAUGAUGAGAUGGUAAUUGUGAAGGACAUAGACAUGUUCUCAUUGUGUGAGCAUCACCUCGUUCCAUUUGUUGGAAAGGUACAUAUUGGCUAUCUUCCUAACAAACAAGUACUUGGCCUCAGCAAGCUUGCUAGGAUCGUGGAAAUAUACAGUAGAAGAUUGCAAGUCCAGGAGCGUCUUACCAAACAAAUUGCAAUAGCCAUCACAGAAGCCUUACAACCCGCUGGAGUUGGAGUGGUUAUUGAAGCUACGCAUAUGUGUAUGGUAAUGCGUGGGGUACAGAAAAUGAACAGUAAAACAGUAACCAGCACAAUGUUGGGGGUAUUCCGGGAAGAUCCAAAGACCCGUGAAGAAUUCUUGACGCUCAUCAGGAGCUGAAACUGUUGUUAAUCUCUAAAUGCACUUGGAGAUUGUUCUGUCCGGUGUCACUGUCUGUUCUUACUUGCUCCUACAUCUCACUUUGAAACUAAAUUGUUGUGAAUUGUUGUCAUAGUCUUUGUGCAGUAAAAGACUUCUGAUGGCAGUGGAAAAAUGUGCUGAUGAGGUCGGCUCCCCCUGGAUUUCCAAUGAUGCUGAUGUCAUAGAAGAAGUAGAGUUUUGGCAAUGUUUUUUUUCCAUCUCCAAUGCAGAAUCUGCUGCUGUUAGGAGAAAAGCGGGGCUUGGGAGGGAAAUGGAUAUUUAUGAAAUAGUUAUGUUUGUUAGAAUAAAUAUGAAGCAGCUGUGGAUCCUUGUAGGACCAUUUAUGCUGCAAAUACUGUGCCUCUGCUUGAAAAGGAUGGUCCUGAAUGAUCCCUGGUAUUUUAUUACAAGUCCUGUGGUGGGUAUGUUAUACCUCUCAGAUGUUACCUCUGGUAGUGUUUUAUAUUCCUGCUAGUAUUAACCAUCCUUUUUUUUUGUGGGUUUUCUUUGUUUGAGAAAUUUAAACCACAUUUUUCUAACCUUUUAAUAUGCAGGUAAUUAACUUCUAAAUUAUUUGGGGCACAGUCUUAUCUUGCUAUAAAUGGGUUUAUGCAGCUUUUUCUCCGUGCCUCAGAAUGUCUGACCACUUAAACUCAGUUUCUUACUGUUUUUAAGCAAACUUUAUCAGAGGUGAGGAAAAGAACCCUGAGUCUCUCUGCAGAGUGCUAAGAUAUCCCAAGAGAUUUUAAAUGAUAUUUAUAUCUUGAGCUUUCCUUCUUGGCUUUCCAUGGGUUGGACUGAGAUGCUAAGCCUAGUCUGAUAAUAUGAGAAUGAAGAUUUCUCUUCAAGCAUGUGAAGAGUUGCAUCUCGUAAAUGAGGACUGCAAUCCCCAGUGCAGGACCUCGUACCUGUCCUUUUCUUCAGGGGAAAGUAACCUGAGAUGAUAACUUCUG